AUGACUGUGAUGUCGAAGACGAGUCCAAAUGUCGACGUGUGCGCUCAGAAAAGCCAUGGUCUUCCAUUCGAGUUCUGCUCUGAUUUAUCAUUAUCCGUAUGCUUUUCUACAGACUGCCCAUACGAUCGUAUUAAUGGCACUGUGGGACCCGGAUGCGCAGAUUCUAACGGUGCAAAAUGUCACCGACAGUGUGUAGCCGGAUGUACGGUACCGGAUGAUGACACAGCAUGCUACGGAUGUUUGCAUUACAAUCACAGACCGUGGGGGUGCAUGCGUCGAGAAAUGUCCAGCGAAUCUGUUCGUGUACCUAAACCGUCGAUGCAUCACGGAAGCGGAAUGCGAUUCGUAAUAGAUCAGAGAGAUAUUGAUGUUGAUUUGUUUUGCAGGAUGUCAGCACUACGAGGGGGUAAAGACGUCUAUAAACCAGCUAAUGGAGUUUGUGCAACGAUUUGUCCUGAAGGACUGGAAGAAGGUAAGGUCGAGGAAGGUUAUGUCGACUAUCAACUUUCAAAAUGGGUUGCAUUAUAG